CUUGGUGUUUUUACGAUAGAUGCGUAUGCAAACCUCGUAAAAGCAGACAUGUACAUUGAUUGAGCAUAACGCGUUUACAGUAGCCGUUUCUACUAUUGCUCAAGAAAUUACAUAUUGGCUCCCUAUAACUAGUAUCAAAAUAGAAGAACUAGAAGAGUCUUCCUAGGAUCCGAACGCGCACAUGUUUUGAACGUGCUAAGUUUAGAAGGCGGAGGAAGGAGGGUGGCGGAGGAAAGCAGGCUUGGAAGGAGUAAUCUUUCUCGUAUUUAACAUCAAGAUUGUGGUAUUAUCUGUAAAUUCUCAGAAUGGACCAGUCUGCAACUUUCCACCAGCUGUUUUCAAAUAUGAUAUCAGAGUUAAAGGCCUCAGAAAAAGUUUUGGAGGUUAGUAGUAAUUUCGGGCCACAGAAGAGUCUUCAAAGUAUGUUCUCCUAUCUAUGGGAUCUGGAUGUGGCUCAGCAGUGCCUCAGUCCCACACUCAUUAAUGCAGGGAAGUCUGAUGCAGAGUCUGACAGGUUUCGUGCAGAGGGUAAUAAAUGCUACCAGAAAAAAAUACUAGAUAAAGCUCUAAAACUUUAUAAUUUGAGCAUAAUGUCAGCUACACAUCCAGCAUUGCCUGUUGCAGAACACCAUGAAGGACAGCAGCCAAAUGAUUGCUGUAUAAAUGAUAGUGAAAAGUCUGGCAAAGAAUCUAAUCAGAGUGAUCUGGAGGAAUAUCGAUCUUUAUCACUUGGUUAUGCUAACCGCUCAGCUGUGUUACUUGAACUGGAGCAGUAUGAUAAAUGUGUAUAUGAUAUUGAUGCUGCCCUGAGGUAUGGAUAUCCAAAAUUAUUGCAUAGUAAGCUAGCAGAAAGGAAAGCUAAGUGCCUUAUUGCACAAAAGAGAAAGUCAGAGGCUAAAGAGGUCUUGGAAAAUGCACUGAAAGACCUUGCUGAAUUAUCUUUGGAUGAAUCAAAAAGUAAGAAUUCUAGAGAAGCAUUACAGUUUUUAGUAAACCAGUGUGAAUCAAAUGAAAAUGACACACAUAGUGAAGCAAAAACUUCUCAAAAGGAUCUUCAAAUAGAUUUAUCCAGAGCAUCCAAAGAGAAGUUAUUAUUUUCCUGCCAAACACCAACAGCUCCCAAGCUUGUAGAUCCCAGUCCAACUAUACCAGCACUAAGUGCUUCAGUCAGGAUGGCUUACACACCUUCCCAAGGGCGUUAUCUGGUUGCAGAAAGAGACAUUCAUCCAGGUGAUGUUCUUGUUGCUGAGACAGGAUACUGUAGCAUUCUACACCUCGACUCCUCACUGCGUACACAUUGCUCUAAUUGCUUGUCUAGAUGCCUUACACCCGUCCCAUGUCCAUCAUGCACAAGAGUAGUUUUCUGCAGCAGCUUUUGUUGCAUCCAAGGCCUCUCAUAUUUCCAUAGGCAGGAAUGUAAUAUACUUCCUACCCUAGCUGCCUUAGAUAUGGGUAAGAAUUCUGUCUUAGCGUACAGAAUUUUAACACAUACCACACACAAGAAACUGAAAGCUUUGAUGCCAGAGCUUCUUGAGGAAUCAAAACAUAAAGCCCCCGAGUCUUUGGGCUUCAACACUCAAGGGAUAUAUAGCUCUUCUGACUACAAGACAAUAUACCACCUUGUCCACAAUAAGGAGCAGCGCUCUGUGAGUGACCUAUUCAAACGAUGUGCAAUGGCUCUGACCCUGACAAAGCUCAUGAUAGCAAGUAAGAACCAUUUUGUAGCUGAAGAUGGAAAGCCUGUCAUGCCUACCCAGGAGGAUAUUCUUCUGACAGGAUGUACUCUCUUCAUCCACAUGAUGAAUCUGCCUUGCAAUGCCCAUUCUGUCACCGAACUUGAGGUAAAUGUAAGCAGAUUCCAGGAAAGUACAACGCAGGAAAUUGGGUCAGGAGCAUUUGGUGUGCUGAGUUUGACAAAUCAUUCAUGUAAUCCUGCAGCUGCACGCUCAAGCUACGGAAAUGUGGUAGUGCUUAGGGCAAUAAGAUUCAUUCCUCAAGGAGGAGAAGUGACAGACAGUUAUGGGGAACACUAUGGCAUAAGUCCUUGUGAGGCAAGAAGAGUAGAGUUGUUGCAACAGUACUGUUUUACCUGUACAUGUGAAGCUUGUGUCAAUAGCUGGCCAACUUACCCAUCUCUGUCACAAAGUCUCACUCUACGAUGCUUAAAAUGCUCAGUGCCCCUAAGUCUCAGCAAUGGUGUAUGCAAAAGAUGCAAUACCAAGUAUUCCAACAAAGAAUGCAAUAGUAAUGGGAAUACGUUAAUGUAUGAUUACAAGGAGAUUGAGGAGCAGACCAAAAUUGCUGCUAAUGAGUGUCAGAAAGCAUAUGAUAGCAUUAUUGAAGGGCUCAACUCUGAAGAAAAUAUGACAACUCUGAUUCACUUUAUAGAGCUUGUUGACAAGUAUGUUCAACAUCCAUGCAAGUUAUACUUUGAAGCACAAGAAACGCUGAAGCAUUGUUUUGACAGACAAGGCAACUGUGUUUACAGGAAGGAGGAGAGUGAUGGGACAGACAUCUUUAAGAAGAAGAGGAAAUAAAGAGCCUGAUACAAGUUAAAUGACCUAUAGGGCCUUAGAAUUUAGGGCAUCCACUGGUGUAAGUUGUGGAAGAAAAGGUGCUUAUUGGAAUUUUUGGUUGUUUUAAUUUGGUGCUAUUAAGUGAUUUUUAUCAUGAUGGAGAUAUUCGCCAUAUUUAUCUAUAAUUUAUUGUUUAGCAGAUUUCUUAUGUAGCUACUCCAACAGAAGCCAGCUAGGUGUUUUCAGUACUGAGUGCUAUGUGGAAAUUUGUUUUUUAUCUGGAAAAAAAGCUAUUUCUGUGAUAUAAACUAGACACAAGUUGUAUAACAGCAGUUAUUCUCAUUUGGUGAAGACAAGUAAUUUCUUAUUAGCACUUUACCAUAAGUAUGUUAUAUUUACCUUCAAAAUGUAUUAGGUGCAUUAGAGAGAGGAUUCAUUAAGAAAUAAGAAUGAUUAGAUUAUUAUAUAUUGAAAUGUCACACUGAAGUUAGCACUGGGUGCAUGCAGUGUCCACCAUAGUUUUGUUUUGUUAUUAUUAUUAUUUUUUUUUUUUUACAUUGAUGGCUCCACAAGCACUUAAUCUCCAAGGAGUCAGUAGGUCUACCUGACUUCACCUGAUUGCCCUAUUCCUGGAAUUUUCAAGAAUUUUUAAAAUUAUUAUUAAACCAUUACAUUACAUUCAAAAUUAUUAUUAAACCAUUACAUUACUAUUGUUCCUGUUAUUAUUAUCACUUUUAUUAAUUUUGUUGGUA